AUGAUAGAACUGCCACGGAGAAAUUACCCGGACGAGCCGGACCGCGGCUACGGACCCUGCGAUGGUACGCUGGACAGCGCCUCUGGCAGCCAAGCAGUCGAAGCUGCAGCGGAGAAUCGAGACAUUGCCCGUUCCAUGCCACUCCAUACACCACACUGGACCAUUGAGAUGUAUAUCGAUCACGCUCUUUUGUUGUGUGGUUCACCAUUCACUGUGGGUGUUGGGGAUGCACCUCCAGUGAAUAUUCACGACACGCCUAGCCGCAUCCUCCCUGUUUCUGCACCUAGGGCCAUCAUCACCACCACACCUGUACUCACGAGGGCUUUUAGUCACCCAGCACCUGACAUCAAGAUGGCCGCCAUGCCCGAAUCGACCACCACAGAGUUGGAGUGGGUAAAUAGACCAUACAGGAAGGCCAGCAAGAAAAACAUUUCAGUAGUUCAGCCUGGAGAUUACCAGGGCAUGCAUCAGGAGGUGUGCAGCAUGAUCUGUAAGAUGAAGAUUUUGAAUAAGAGAUCUGAGACGGACAGCAUCAGCAUGACUCCAUCCAUGACUUCGGGUUAUCUGAUCAGGACGGUGGUUUGCAUACAAGGAGUUGUGUUAUACUCACAAUGUGAUCAGUAUAUUCUGAUCCAGGAGGAUAAAACCUGGCAUGAAGCUGAUGUGUUUUGUAGAGUGGACAAGUAUCUUUUGGGUACGGUUCACAAUGAAACGGCCUGGGAGGACUUCAGAGCAGAGAUGUCUGCCAGUAACUUUAAUUUUAACGUCUGGAUGGGUUUGUACGUUGACGUCAAUAGCUGGCGAUGGUCUUUUCAAAACGAGAACUUAACAUUUACCAAGUGGGCAAGUGAAGAACCCAACAAUCAUGGUGGCCACGAGGAGUGUGGUCAAUAUCAGACAACCAAUGACGGAGGAUCUUGGAACGAUGCUUCUUGUUUUGAACGUAUUGCUUGUGUUUGCUUCGACGGAACGACAAACAGUUUUGUUCUUGUUACCGAUCAGACAAGAACAUGGUCUGAAGCUCAGCUGUACUGCAGACUAAAGUACACAGAUCUCGCCACGAUACGUAACAUUAAUGAUCAAAAUCAGAUAAACAACUUGAUUUCUCAAGCCAAUAACGUUAAGGCCUGGAUCGGAUUAUUUCGAGAUUCCUGGAAGUGGCUGGAUGGGAAUGUCACCUCUUCCGCACCCAUCAUGUGGGCUAGUGGACAGCCGGAUAACAGUGCAGGUGAUGAAGUUUGUGCUUACUCUGAUCCUGAAGGACUAAUUCAUGACAGCACAUGUUCACUUCCGUUUCCAUUCGUCUGCAUUCAAGUUAUUUUGGGAAAAAUAAAGAUUGUGAGAUUGGAGGUAAAAUCAGUCAGAAACAUUUCAAAUGACACUCGGAUUCAAAGCAUCAUCUUACAGCAGUUCCAGGAGAAGCUGUUGCAUCAUGGGAUGGCAGCGGGAGUCAAUAUAACGUGGAAGGUUCAGUCAGACAAUCUGCUCUUUCACAAGAAAGAUUAUACACAGAAAAUAGAUUCAUGUCCUUACUGUAAAUGUCCUUAUAAAUGGCCCAAAUAAAAUAGUGUAAGUCGUUCAGAGGAGAAUGAAUACUACAGCAGAUUUAAUAACACAAUAUCUCUCUCUAUAAAAUACUAUAGUUCACAUUCUUA